AGCUUUCUUGAAUUUGUUAGAAAUAAUUCUUUAGUAGGCUUAGGAAUGGGAACCUUGUUUCUAAACUGCAUCGUUUCUCCGCUGCCACCCAAACAAUCCUUCAGAUUGCGUAACAAAAAUGAUAAUUACAUGUCAAAAAAGAAGCUAAUAGUAGUGAACCAUAACACAAGUGACUCUUCAUUAAAGAGCAUGGCUCCUUAUGGAGCACUUGACACCAAUAAAAACAGUGGACAAGAUGCCUCUUUAAUGGGGAAGCAUAAUCAUGAAGGGAUUGGUAUUGUCAAUUUUCUACAAGGGAAGACAUUGUUAAUUACCGGUGCGACUGGGUAUCUUGGAAAAGUUCUUGUUGAAAAGAUUUUAAGGUCAGUGCCGGAAAUUGACAAACUAUAUCUGAUGAUCAAGGCAAGAAAAGACAAAGCUGCUAUGGAAAUAUUGAAAACUGAAAUAAUUAAUGCAGAUGUAUUCAAGUGUCUGAAACAAAAAUAUGGACAAUCCUAUCAAAAUUUCAUGUUAAGCAAGCUGGUACCAGUAGUAGGAAAUAUUUGUGAAUCUGAUCUUGGAUUAGAAGCAACUAUGGCUAAUGUGAUUUCAAGAGAAGUCCAUGUUAUUAUAAAUUCUGCAGCCAAUACAAGGUUCAAUGAAAGAUACGAUGUUUCCAUUGAUACAAACACAAGAGGAACUUUUCACCUGAUGAAUUUUGCCAAAUACUGCAAGAAUCUGAGCCUCUUUCUGCAGAUAUCAUCAGCCUAUGCUAAUGGACCAAGGAAAGGCAUAAUUAUGGAAAAGAAAUUUAGUAUGGGAGAUACAAUUACAGGAGAAAAAUCCAAUUCAGAAAACCGAUCAACUUCCCUGCCUAUAUUGAAUGUUGAAAAAGAAAUUCAAUUGGCUUUUGAUGCAAUAGAUACUUUCCAAGACAAUUCUUUAACUCAGAAUUUAAAGAAGUUGGGAUUAGAAAGAGCUGAAAGAUAUGGAUGGCAUGAUACUUACGCGUUUACAAAAGCUAUGGGAGAAAUGAUAAUUGAUAGCAUGAGAGGUGAAAUACCAGUAGUCAUAAUUCGGCCUAGUAUUAUUGAAAGUACUUAUAGAGAUCCAUUUCCAGGAUGGAUUCAAGGAAAUCGGAUGUUAGAUCCUCUAAUGGUAUACUAUGGUAAAGGGCAACUCACAUGUUUCCUGGCAGACCCUAACUGUGUUGUUGAUAUUGUACCAGCCGACACAGUGGUUAAUGCAACCUUGGCAGCAGUGGCGAAACAUGGCAUGACCAGAGAACCGGUGAUUAAUAUCUACCAAGUAGGUUCAUCGGUUGUGAAUCCACUGACUUUGCAAGAAUUGGUCACACUAGUCUUUGAACACUUCAAAUGCAAUCCAUUUUUGGAUUCAAAGGGCAAUCCAAUCAAUGUAACAGCACCAAUGAAGCUCUGCACGUCAGUGGAGGAAUUCUCCACCCAUCUGAAGACAGAUGUGGCUAAACAAAGGGAGUUCAUGGCAAUGGAAUUCAAAAAUUCUAAGAGACCUGAAAUUUAUGCUCAAAAGUUGAUGGAGCUAGUAAGACAAUUAGCUACUAUAUAUAAACCAUACGGCUUUUAUAAAGGAAGAUUUGAUUGCAGCAACCUGCAAGGAUUGAUGGAGAACAUGUCUGAAGAGGAGAAGAUAGAAUUCGGUUUUGAUGUGAAAAGCAUUGAUUGGGGUCAUUAUAUUAAAAAUGUCCAUGUUCCUGGUCUGAGGAUGCAUGUCAUGCAGAGUCACAAAAUGUGAAACUAGCUAUAUGUGUACUAAACAUUUAUAUCAUGCAAGUUAAAUAAAUUCUUUAGUAGCUCUUCUACCUUCA